AACAACAAGUGAAGCUAAAAUAAAAAGCAAACGUUUCGUAGCUGUGUUAUCUUCAGCACUUAUUUUUUAUUCAAACAGCAACGCGUCUGAAAGAAUAGACAGAGUAAGGGAAGCGGUUAACAAAACUAAGGCAGAAUUGCGUCAACCCGCUGACGCUUUGGCUGGACAAAUGAGAGCGUAUCUUACACAGCUUAGAGAUGUUAUCGACCAGCCAAUAAACGAUGUCAAAGCAAGUUGUUCACCGAGAACAUCACAGAGCGAUUGCGAUAAUGCACUAAGGAAAUACCACAGAAUGAACAAAGAGAAAUGUAGCGAAUACGACAAGAAUUUGGAAGUUUACGAGAAAUCUAGACAUUUCUUUGGGGGAACAGAAUUUGAUAGAUUCAUGAAGACUGUUUCGGAGAUAUUUGAGAAUGGAGAUGAAAUGGCUUUAGCAUUCUUCGUUGAUAUGGUGUUGGUUGAAUUUAUUGAUUUAGUUAAAGAAGGAAGGAGUCUUUAUCGAAUGCUAGCUUUUAAUAAUUAUCGUUGUUAUGUUGGUAAUGUUGCUUUGUUUUGAUAAAUAAUAUCAGUCUUGCUACUAUUUUAACGCA